AUGGACCACUGUCCACUGCCCCCUGGAAAGGGGCAUAUCAAAGUCCGUAACUUCACAACCACGCCCUAUACUACGGGUCCCGGAUGCUUUUUGGGCUAUCCUGCCAGGCGCGGCUGGUCUUCUGACGACCUGAAUUCCCGAGACCUUCACAAAAUUCGACCAGGAGAAGAAGUGCGCGACUUCUUCCAGGGAUGGCUCUUCUUCGGCUGCGUGAUCGAGUUCCUGUCCAUUUGCGGUGUAUCUGCUCAACACAGCGACUUUCUAACUGAGGACGGCCAGUAUGUGACCACAAAGCGCCUUCCACGGAUGCUCCAGGAGUGGAAGCAGGUUGCACAAAAGAGACUGGCCAUCGACGACAUGACCAUAGCUACAACCAUGCAGGCCGCAUUGAUUCUCGGCACCGUAAGGGACUUUGUGGAUGACUAUUGUUUGCCCAGAGGUGGCGGACAGGGCUUGCAAGCUGAUAUGCGUGCCCGGCUCGUCGCGAAGUCCCCCUUGCCGCAAAGAGUAUGGAUGUCCAUCAUCGCGCUGGGGCAUGCACUCACAUCGGCCAUGGUAAGUGGCUGUGAUAUUCGGCGCACUGGUAGUAACUGGGGGGCGUCGAUGCUACUCGAACAGAGAAUGCUGGCCAAAAGAUGGUGUCCGCUGGAUGUGCAUCAAAUCCGUUCCAAUCUGAGCGUUUACGAGCAGUAUUACCUGUCCAAGAUGAUAAACACAGAGGUUACCACCUCCCACGACAAUUGUACCGAGUUUGAAUGCCGUGGACGCAACAUUGAUCAGAAAUCGUACCGUCAAUUUCACGCACGCAGUUGUGAUGGUAACUGUGGUGGCUUCCAAAGUGCAGAUAUCGAUCAGUUGAAGGCGAUCAUCAUGGCUGGCGACAUUCCUGUCUUCAAAUGGAAUCUUGAAAGCAAGAAGCUCGAACUAGAGGCCGUCAAAGUCAAUAAGAAAAAAGUCGGAGACCCUCCAUUUAUGGCCAUCUCCCAUGUUUGGAGCGAUGGCCUUGGGAACCAGGAAGACAAUGCAAUCUAUGAAUGUCAGCUAGAAGCCUUGCAAAACGCAGUCGACUUGGCCGCCAAAAGCCACAAGAUGCUGAUGGGAAUUCCGUCGCACUUCUGGAUCGACACCCUAUGUGUUCCGGUGCAGAGGGAAAACAAAGAACUGCGUAAGGAGUGCAUCCGGGACAUGAGGCGAAUCUACGAGAGUUCUUGCUCUGUUCUUGUUCUUUGUUCCUUGCGCAAGACGGCGUCGACCGUGAAAGGACCCGAACGAAGAAUAGCCGAGCACCUCAAUAAUUGGGAUCGCCGACUGUGGACGUUCCAGGAAUGUAUCAUGGCCCGCAAGCGUCUGAUUCAAUAUGCGGAGAAAACAGUUGACCAUGUUAGCAUUGAGGCUGACUUCUACCGGGGCCAGCUGUGGUCGGGGAGCUCCCCGGCAGAUCCUCUCCCGCAUUUGGCGUCUGAAAUAGCAUCACGAUCCACGUCCAAGAAGAGUGACGAGAUGCUUUGUAUGGCCACGGUAUUGCGUCUUGAUCUAGAGCCAUUUCUGAACGCAGAGACGCUCUUAAAGAACGAGAAGGGCCUCGGCGAGAAAGAGGAGGUCAGUGACGUCGAUCUUGCAGACAGACGAACGCAAAUCUUCUGGCAGACCAUCCGUGUAUGCCAAUGGGGAGUGGUUUUCAAUUCUCAUCGGAGGUUGACAGUCGAAGGGCUCCGGUGGGCUCCAGCCACGUUCCUAGGCAGCCCGUCGGGUGGCUUCGUGAAGCGGGUGGACCAGGGAUAUUGCAACCUUGAUGAAGAAGGCCGCGGUCUGUCAUUUACUGCUCCGGGAAUCAUCAUUGAGACGCCAUCGACGUGGAGAGCAACAUCUUCCGCACUGGCGAUCAACGUGACAGAUCAUAGAGCCGGGAGGCUCUGUGUCGAAGUCACACCGAGUGAUCUGAGCUUCCCGUGGCACACAUUUACAUGGACCCCAGGCACCAAAUAUGCAAUCCUUCUGGAGACACCGCUUUCACUCCCGAGUGAAACAGGUGGUUCCAUGCCCGACCUCCCACACACGCGGCCGGAGCUCGAGUCCUGGCUUGAACAGGUCUUCCAACCUGGGAGGGUGAACAAGUUGGCCAUCGAUGCGAUCAUCGCAACUGUAAAGAAUCCAAAUCUUGGGGAAGGCUGUCAGAUCCGUCACGAAUGUAUUGCGGUAGCCAAAAUCGUCGAUUCCCCUAUCCUCGAUAAACUCGAGGAAGAGAAGUAUACCAUCUGGGACGAACGGUCCAGGCACCUUCUGGAUUCGUCCCUUGAAAUGGACUGGGUUCUUAAUAGAGCCAUUAACAAUCCUGCAGACGAGGAUGACAGCAGCGAAGAUGACGACGACGACGACGACGACGACGAUGAUGACGACGAUGAUGACGAUGACGACGACAGUGAUGAUGAAAACUCUUUAGAAGAGAGCGACGACGAUUCCCACCCUGUUUAUUACGACGAUUCCGAAUCGGACGCACUUUCGGCGGAAGAAAGCGAAGCCGCAACUCUACAACUGGACAAUGAUACACCUGACUCUGGAUCCGAAUCCGCAGAUGAGCAUCCCUAUAAAGUUGAUAAGAAGAGACCACAUCUCAUUUCGCCUGCUAGGAUCGAGGGGAUUCGUACCGCUGGUGAUGCACAGUGGUUUCUUCUGUAA